AUGUCCACCAUGGUGUAUCCACGUGAAGAAGCCCUGGAGCGACUGAGCCAGGAUGAGAUUGUCUUGAACACCAAGGCUGUCAUGCAGGGUCUGGAGACUCUGCGUGGCGAGCACGCCCAGCUCCUCAACUCCCUACUGGACUGCACCCAGGCGCCCAUCACCCAGGAGAAGUCCGGCCUGCUCCGGAAGAACCUGGAAGACAUCGAGCUGGGCCUGGGAGAGGCACAGGUGAUCAUCGCUCUGUCGAGCCACCUGAGCGCCGUGGAGUCCGAGAAGCAGAAGCUGCGUGCUCAGGUGCGUCGCCUCUGCCAGGAGAACCAGUGGCUGCGGGACGAGCUGGCGGGCACGCAGCACAAGCUGCAGCGUAGCGAGCAGAACGUCGCCCAGCUGGAGGAGGAGAAGAAGCACCUGGAGUUCAUGAACCAAAUCAAGAAGUUAGACGACGACGUCUCUCCGUCCGAGGAGAAGAAUCAGAACUCAGGAGGAGGCGGUGGCAGUGGGACCGGAGGAGGGGACUCUUCAAAGGACAGUCUGGAUGAUCUGUUCCCCAACGAUGACGAUCAGGGACCAGCCCAGCCCAGUGGAGAGGUGGCGGCCCAGCAGGGGGGCUACGAGAUCCCGGCUCGCCUCAGGACGCUGCAUAAUCUGGUGAUCCAGUACGCUUCCCAGGGGAGGUAUGAGGUCGCCGUGCCGCUGUGCAAACAAGCCUUGGAGGAUCUGGAAAAGACGUCCGGACACGACCAUCCUGAUGUGGCCACCAUGCUCAACAUCUUGGCCUUGGUGUAUAGAGACCAAAACAAAUAUAAAGAAGCUGCUCACCUUCUGAACGAUGCCCUGGCCAUCAGAGAGAAGACUCUGGGGAAGGACCACCCGGCUGUGGCGGCGACCCUCAACAACCUGGCCGUGCUGUACGGCAAGAGGGGCAAAUACAAGGAGGCUGAGCCCCUCUGCAAGAGGGCUCUGGAGAUCCGAGAGAAGGUGCUGGGGAAGUACCACCCAGACGUAGCCAAGCAGCUGAACAACCUGGCCCUGCUGUGCCAGAACCAGGGCAAGUACGACGAGGUGGAGUACUACUACAGACGGGCCCUGGAGAUCUACGAGUCUAAACUGGGAGCCGACGACCCAAACGUAGCCAAGACCAAAAAUAAUCUGGCCACAUGCUACCUGAAGCAAGGCAAGUUCAAAGAUGCUGAGGUUCUGUACAAAGAGAUCCUCACCAGGGCGCACGAGAAGGAGUUUGGAUCAGUCAACAAUGACAACAAGCCGAUCUGGAUGCACGCAGAGGAGAGGGAAGAGAGCAAGAGCAAACGCAAGGACUCUGUUUCGUACGUGGAGUAUGGCAGCUGGUAUAAGGCCUGUAAAGUGGACAGUCCAACUGUGAACACCACCCUGAAAAGCCUGGGAGCGUUGUACCGUCGUCAGGGCAAACUGGAGGCAGCAGAAACUCUGGAGGAGUGUGCCAGCAAGACGCGUAAACAGGGUAUCGAUGCCAUUAACCAGAGUAAGGUGGUGGAGCUGCUGAAAGACGGAGCAGCUGGAGGCGGAGACAGGCGACACAGCAGGGAGGGGGCCAACGGAUCGGGGGGACAGCGAGGAGAGAGGGAGGGCGACGACUCCGCUGAGUGGAACGGGGACGGUAAUGGCUCCCUGCGUCGCAGCGGCUCCUUUGGGAAGAUUCGUGAAGCUCUGAGGAGGAGCAGUGAGAUGCUGGUGAAGAAACUGCAGGGCAGCGGACCUCAAGAACCUCGUAACCCGGGAAUGAAGCGAGCUAGCUCCCUGAACUUCCUCAACAAGAGCAACGAGGAAACCACGCAGGAUGCUAACUCCGGCCUCUCAGACAGCAGAGGACUCAGUGCCAGCAACGUGGACCUGACCAGACGCAGCUCCCUGAUUGGCUAAACCAAAUCUAGGAGGUGUGGUGUCAGAGGUCCAACCAGGAGCAGCUGUGUGCAUCUGGGUUUGAUCAAAACACUCCUGCAGCAUCUUUCUUCUUCUUCUUCUUCUUUUAAGAACAUUAAAACAAAAGGCAUCACCACACUUGAAGUCACAAUCGCUGCUGCUUCGCUGUACAAACCGCCGCCAUCCUUCAGUGACGUGCAGACGCCUUCACAAGCAUGUCGCUUACUGGAAAAGUGGAAUGUCUGCACCUGAAUGCCUCGUGCUUUUGGCUCGCAGGAAGUGGUGCGUUCACAUGCAGACGCUUGACUUUCAAAAGGUUUAAUUUAACGCGCUCCGUGUUUGGCUUCGGCGAGACGCGUCACACGUUUUUCCACAGGUAGCAUGAAGUCGAUCCACCGGGGGCAGACAUUAAACACGGUCCGAUCCGUUUGAGAACAAUCACCAUUUCAACCUCACUCUCUGCCUUCUCUUUUUUUAUGUAUAUAUCAUUUUAAAUUAUUUGACAUUUCAGUUUUUGUAUAUAGCACAUUUAUUUUUGUUUCCGCUGGGUUUAAGUUGGUCCGAGCUGGAAAAAUAAAACACUAUUUAUGAGAAAGGAGGAGACUGGACAUGAAAGAGGGACUGAAACGUGUAUAAGGUUUAUUUGAGGAAUGAAAACGUCAAAAAAAUCUAGAUAAAAUGUUUGACGCUGGAAUCCACAGGUGAUUUUUCAGAGUUUCAGUCGAAUGACGGGAGGCGUUUGUUUUCCAGAUGAAUGAUCUCAUCAGCUCGUUGAGUUCUGCAGAAGAAGUUGUAAAAAAUGAGCUGCUCUCCUGAGAAAAACACCGUACGAGACCUGUUUUAUCAAACUUCACCACCUCAGGUCUAAACAAGAUAUUUUAAAAGCUGUUUUACAAUCAAUCAAACAGGAAGUGCAACAUAAUCACCAAACCAUUUUUUAAUUAUUACUUGAAGCAGCUGCAGAGCGUCGGCUGCAGUUACGUUUACUCAUUCAAUCAGAGCUCUUUGUAUUUUUUUUAUAUAUAUUUUCUGCGUAUGUGUAUCAUUUUUGCACAAAACAAUCCUCGGUGUCAUGUUUUGAUUGGUUUUCCACAUGGAUCAUCAGUCCAAACCCUCAGAGCUGAAUGACAUUCCAUUGCUGGACUCAACCUUUUAACUGGAUUUUUCCUUGGACUAAGCUUUUAUUUUGAAGGUACUGGUUUAUCUGGAUGUUACUUUGUAUGUGGACUGGGAAGUCUCGGGGCAUUUUGACAUGAUUGUUGUAAGAGUUGGGGAGAAUAAACCAUCAGAUGUAACUGAUGAUUAUAAAGUUUCAAAACACUUCAGAUAACAUCCCAGAAACUUUCCAUGGGAAGGUAAGCUAAAGAAUUUGGGAAAAUUACCAAAAUUGGAAAUUUUCUAUGGUAAUUGUAGGAAAUUACCUGAAAAUCGGAGCUAAUUUAAACAAACUUAUCAUAUCCAAGCAAAAAUAUAUGUAUAUAUUUUGUCACAAGAGUUUGACAUGAAGUUUAUCACAAUAACACAUGUUAUGACAUAUGUUAAGGGCCAACCUUCAAUAAUUUAAUUCCAGGUUAUUCCUCUAAAUUCCUGUUAAUUCUCAUGGAAAAUUUCCAACUUGAAAAUGUACAGAAAAUUACUUCCUCUAGAAAUAAAACGACCACUGAGCGCACACAUUUUAUUGCGCCAAAUCAACAGCGGCUCAACUAUUUUAUUACAAACUUACAGAUUCAGGAAAGUCCUAAAAACUGUUUUGUUAAAAGAAGAAAAAGGUGAAUGAUUUAUUCUGAGGGCAUUUUGUCAGAGUUGGUGUGUGAAUUAUGUUGUUGUUGGCAGAACUUUCUUUAAAUCCUGUUUAUUUUAUUUUUUUGUAUCAGCUUCUGAAUGUUUUGAGCCGACGUUGGAUUUUAACGAAGUGAAGUCAGAGGAGUUCAGGAAGUGACCGAAGGAGUAAAACGGACAUGAAUAAGCAGGUUUUGGAGCCGAGAAAGAAAAGUGCUUUAAGUGUUUGCAGCAAAUAAUGUACAGUCCUGUUAUCUGUGUAUAAUCUUUCUGUAUGUAUACGGUUCAUCACAAAACCUCAACACCAUGUAGCUGUGUAUGAAAUAUCUAUGAAACUAAUCCGUAGCUGAAGGAUCUUUCCAACACACACAUACACACACCUGUUGGUAAAUGUGAACUAUAAGGCCACUAUUUUCAAACAAGUUUACUUGGUUCAUUAUGGGGACACCACUUUCUGCUUACUCUGCAGAUGUAGUAACCCUAUCAAAAAAGUCUACUUAGAGCCCUAUAUCGCAGAGCUAACUUAAAAAUUUGAAUACACACAACACAACCUAAAAUAUAAUGACCUGAAUGAAUGCAAACUGAUAAGGACACAGAUAAUUAGGUGAUAAGUCCCACCUACGACAUAAAGACACAUUUAUAGGGACUAAUAGGAUAUGUAAGGACAUUGUCUAUACUAUUCCAGAAAUGUCUGUAAUGAGUGCCAUAAUUACAUAAGAAACGGCUUAACAAAUACUGCAUUAGCAGUUAUGUUCAUUAAGCAGGCACAAAUGACAUAAGGACAAGAUAAACUUUAGAAAUAAAAUCACGAAAUGAACAGCAGUUACAUUAAAUUAAAGUUCUGUAAACACCAAACAAAGUAUUUAUUCAA